UGGGAAUUCACAGACACUGCCGACUGGUUCCAGUUCACACGGCGGCUGAGAGGAGAGGGGAGAGAGAGAAGAGAGCGAGCGCGCGUCAGCAAGCGAGAGGUGUGUGUGUGUGGGGGAAGAGACCGGGCGAACGAGCGCGGAGAGAAAGAGCGAGAGCUGCCGAGGCAGGAGACAUAUUGCUGUUGCUGCUACUGCUAUCUGGGAGCCGCUUCUGUGCUGUUUCAUAUUCAGGAAAAGCAAGAUGUCAAGCCGAGGUGGAAAGAAGAAGUCCACCAAAACCUCCCGAUCAGCAAAAGCUGGAGUCAUCUUCCCUGUGGGGCGAAUGUUGCGAUACAUUAAAAAAGGACACCCCAAGUACAGGAUUGGGGUGGGUGCUCCAGUUUACAUGGCUGCUGUGCUGGAAUACCUGACUGCAGAAAUUCUGGAAUUGGCUGGGAAUGCUGCAAGAGACAACAAGAAGGGAAGAGUCACUCCUCGACACAUCCUUUUGGCUGUAGCCAAUGAUGAAGAAUUAAACCAGCUGUUAAAGGGGGUCACCAUUGCCAGUGGGGGUGUUUUACCAAAUAUCCAUCCGGAAUUGCUAGCAAAGAAGAGAGGAUCCAAAGGCAAACUGGAAGCUAUCAUUACUCCCCCACCAGCCAAAAAGGCCAAAUCUCCAUCACAGAAGAAACCUGUGUCAAAGAAAUCAGGAGGCAAGAAAGGACCCAGAAAAUCUAAGAAGAAGCAGGGAGAAGUCAGCAAAGCAGCCAGUGCAGAUAGUACCACGGAGGGCACUCCUGCUGAUGGAUUCACCGUCCUUUCCACCAAAAGCCUCUUCCUCGGCCAGAAGCCUGGACUGCGGGCAGCUGAAGUCCCAGAUUGCAGUUCUUUAUUUGAAGACCAUUCCUUCCUAUCCCCGGGUCAUCACACAUGAGUUCCAAGAAAUACAUCUGAGGAUCUCAAUUCAAGGCCAUUUGGAAGAUUAUCUUAAACCACUAAAUGUUCAAACUGAAAGCUAGUCCACUACCUCUCUAAUUAGUAAUUAAAAGUGAUUCCCUCUGUCAAAUGGCUAGACCUACCCUGAGCCUGGUUCUGGCAUAGUUACAUAAGAGUUUGUUUCCACUACUGCCUACCUAAGAAACAAUUAUUCUUAAUCUAAACAGAGUCCCGAUUUUGAGAAUGUACUAACUACUUCUGGGGAUCAUAAACCUGGGCUUAUGAUUCUAAUGCUUGGAGUGUGCUGGGCUUUUGUUUUGUUUUGUUUUCAAUAAAAUAUUUGGUUCCAUAAAUUCAGAGGAUUGAAGUCUAAGCAACAAUUGGCCCAGUUGCCAGCUUUCAGCUCCUCUGAUAUGAUUUUCACUUGUUUUCCCAGAAAACCAUAUAAGACAGCUCUGACUAGAGUAGAUUCUGGCUAUAUUGGGAUAGUUAUAUCCUUUGCCAGCAAUGGGUCAUCCUCUUUUGUGGGGGUAGAUUUUGGCUAGAAUCUGUCUCAACAACCUUCUCUGGGCAUUGAUAUUUUUCUUUGGCACAAAUUUUGUUCUUAAAAUACCAAAGCCAAAGUAUUAACAUCUGCAUUUUAAAAAAAUCCAUUUGAAUAUUUGUGUCUAAAAAGCAAUAAGUAGAAGAUAUGAGACUAACAUCCAUUGCUCUCUAAUUCUCAGCACCCCACUGGUUGCUGUGUAAAAUUUCCCUUCAUAGUUAGAUACUCAGGGUUGCCAUGGAAAUGUGAUAAAAGGAUGGUCAUGAGCUAGAAUAUAAAGGAGCUGUUUUAUUGGAUAGAAAUAAACUUGCCAAAGAGAAGUAUUCUAGAGGAGAAGUCUAUUGGGUGUCAGGACAAUAGUGCCCAAAGAGUUUGGCAAAUUUUAAGAUUACUAGUACUUGAAGAAGUACUGUUUUUCCUUUCCCCUUGGUCCUAUCUAGAGAAAUCCAGAGUCUUGUGAUGAAUGGGCAGGUGAAAUUAGAUGUUUCUAAGCAACAGACCAUUAUAGCUCCUAACUGGCCUCCUGACUGAAUCAGAAGAUACAUGAUUGCUUUGUUUGACAUGACAUUACUCCUCCCCAGCCCCAGCCCUAACAAAGCCAGUCUGGUUCUAUGAAGCCAAUGGGAGGGGACAGGAAUUCAAUAACAUUGUGUUCUCAUAAUGAGAGGUUUUGAAUCUCGUGGUAGUGAUUUUCUGGGACAGAGGCUUUGGGAUGAUCAACAUUGCCAAGGGUAAUAUAUGUAUCCAGUGCAGUUUAAGACUUUGCCAACCCCCACCUCACUCCAUAUUGACAUCAUUAAAGUCUCUCUAAGGCUGGCACCUAAAAAAAUUCUUCCUUUCAGCAGUCUGAGUAGCAUUUGAGUCUUGUGUUUGAAAUGGAUUCAUUUUGAGCACUGAUCCUCCCCAUCCCAUCCCUGCACCAUCACCAACCUUGUUUGUGACCUGUACCUUGUUUUGAGUAUUUGUUACUUCCAUCUAUGUUGCAAGGCUCACUUCUCUGCAGCUUUUCUGUGACUUCCCAGCUGUCCUGUUAUUUCCCACCUCAUGCUUUUCU